AUGCGUGGGGCUGCAUUUCCAUCUCCUGCUGCCGAGAUGGCAGAAAUUAAUCGCCUUCAGUAUGAGAUGGAAUACACCGAAGGAAUCAGUCAGCGCAUGAGGGUCCCAGAGAAACUCAAAGUAGCUCCUCCAAAUGCCGACCUUGAGAAGGGUGUCCAAGAAGGAUUUCCAAAUGCCAGUGUAACUAUGCAGGUGCCAGAGCGGAUUGUAGUGGCAGGUAACAGUGAAGACAUUCCAUUUUCCAGACCACCAGACCUUGACCUUCUUCAGUCUACUCCAUUCAAACCACUGGCAUUGAAAACUCCUCCUCGUGUUAUUUCUCUUAGUGAUCGACCACUAGAUUUUUUGGACUUGGAAAGACCCCCGCAGCAGACACCUCAAAAUGAAGAGGCCCGCUCGGUGGGAAGGCUGAAGCGAGAGCGCUCCAUGAGUGAAAAUGCUGCCCGGCAGAACGGCCAGCUGGCCCGAAAUGAUUCCAUGUUGCACAGAUCAGACACUGUCCCAAGAAAUAAAAUGCCACGGUUCCAGUCACCUCUUUCGACUAAGGAUUGCACUGUGACACCAUCACUGCAACAGGCUCGUGUCUGUCCUCCCAAUAUGUUACCUGAAGAUGGGACUAAUCUUUACUCUGCUCGUGGCAUUUUGUCGUUUAUCCAGUCUUCCACUCGUAGGGCUUACCAGCAGGUCUUGGAUGUGCUGGAUGAAAAUCGCAGGCCAGUGUUACGUGGUGGGUCAGCUGCUACCACUUCCUCUAACCCUCAUCAUGACAACACCAGAUAUGGUCUUUCCAACCUGGAUACUGCACUGGAGGGGACACCAGAUGACAUGACAGCUGUGGAUGCCGCCUCCUUAAGAAGACAGAUAAUCAAACUUAAUCGACGUCUACAACUUCUGGAAGAAGAAAAUAAAGAACGUGCUAAAAGAGAAAUGAUCAUGUACUCGAUUACUGUAGCUUUCUGGCUACUCAAUAGCUGGCUUUGGUUUCGGCGCUAGACACAGCUCUCCAGAGGAUUUAAUAGUUGAAAAUAUUUAAAAAAUGCAAAAUUAUUUGGUUUGUUUCUGAAUUGUAUGCUGUUUUAUAAUUCAUACACUGGAAAACGCACCACAGAGAAAGGCAAUAGAAUUGCAGUGUUAAAGGGACACGUGUUGUUCAGUUAUGCUGUAUUUAACAGAUUUGCAUUGCAAAUACUUGCAGUAUCCUCCCUUUGCAUGCUUCAGUGUAAAUAUGGAUCAGAUGAUUUAAAAACGAAAUUUGCUUCUUGCAGUGUAAGGACAGUGACCUGCAGAAAUAAUCACUGGAUGUUUUGUUGUGGGAAGAGAACAAAAGGCAUGGCUUUGGAGAAAAAAAAAAAGGUUUAAAAAAGAUUUUUUUUUAUUGUUCUGUUGUUAAGAGAC